AGGGUUGUUACGUCAAAUUGGCCACGUGACAGUCUCUCAAUCGGUGAACAGAAACAUGGCGGCACUACGGCUUGCCGUGUCCUCAAGUGCCGGUAGGACUUUCCUCAACGCCAAGAACAUUGUCGGUGUGUCUAAGGCCAACAUGUCCUUUGGCACACUGACCAGAGGAAAGAAAGCAGCCCUCUCAACACUUGGGGUGCUGGCGGCAGGAGGUGCUGGUCUGGUUCUGGCACUUCAUCAGUCUGUCAAGGCAUCAGACUUGGAACUGCAUCCCCCAAGUUAUCCCUGGAGUCACAGCGGCUUGGUGUCUUCACUUGACCAUGCCAGUGUUCGCAGAGGGUACCAAGUGUACAAGCAGGUGUGCUCAGCCUGCCAUAGCAUGGAGUACCUUGCUUUCCGUAAUCUGGUGGGAGUGUCUCACACAGAGGCCGAGGUCAAAGUAUUGGCUGAGGAGAUUGAGGUCGUGGAUGGUCCUGAUGACACCGGAGAGAUGUUCACCCGUCCAGGGAAGCUGUCUGACUAUUUUCCCAAACCAUAUGCCAACCCAGAGGCAGCACGCGCAGCCAAUAAUGGAGCUCUGCCCCCUGACCUCAGCUACAUUGUCAAUGCCAGGCAUGGUGGGGAAGACUAUGUGUUUUCUCUGCUAACGGGGUACUGUGAUCCCCCUGGUGGGGUGGACGUGAGGGAGGGUCUCUACUACAACCCCUACUUCCCUGGCCAGGCUAUUGGCAUGGCUCCCCCAAUAUACAAUGAAGUGCUAGAGUACGAUGAUGGCACUCCAGCCACCAUGAGCCAGGUAGCCAAAGACGUGUGCACCUUCCUGCGCUGGGCUGCAGAGCCAGAGCACGACCAGCGCAAGCGCAUGGGACUUAAGCUUUUGAUGGGCGCUGCCAUUUUCAUUCCAUUGGUUUAUUACAUGAAGAGGCACAGGUGGUCUGUGCUGAAGAGUAGGAAGAUCGCUUACAGACCUCCCAAAUAAAACAUAUUUUCCACUUAAAACUGAACCUGAACUUUGAAAAUGACUGAUGCACCCAUGAUGUCAAGUCCCUUGACCAACGUUGAUCAUACAGCCUGAAUGCCUUUGGUUUAUUUUUUUAUUACAGACAGAAACUGAUCAGAGGUAAUCAUACAUUUUAUAUUUAUUGUGCUUUCUUCAAUAUGGCAAGAAGGCUUUUUGCUGUCAGGUCGAAUGCAUAGGAGCACACUGUAUGCCCACUGUAUAACAACUGGCUGUCAUAAUAAACACAUGUUUCACUGUUUCCUUCUA